UCGUGGGGGAUUUCUCUGUACGUCCGGGGCCGGUGGAGACACGUUGGGCCCGAGGAGUGUCUGUGUGGCCGCUGACUUCUGCCCCUCACCAUGUUCCUCACCCGGUCCGAAUAUGACAGGGGUGUGAAUACUUUUUCUCCUGAGGGAAGAUUAUUCCAGGUGGAAUAUGCCAUUGAAGCCAUCAAGCUUGGCUCCACAGCCAUUGGCAUCCAGACGGCAGAGGGCGUGUGUCUCGCUGUGGAGAAGAGAAUCACCUCCCCACUCAUGGAACCCAGCAGCAUUGAGAAAAUCGUAGAGAUCGAUGCUCAUAUAGGUUGUGCCAUGAGUGGGUUAAUUGCUGACGCAAAGACUUUGAUUGAUAAAGCCAGAGUGGAGACACAGAACCACUGGUUCACUUACAAUGAGACAAUGACAGUGGAGAGUGUGACCCAGGCAGUUUCCAACCUGGCUUUGCAGUUUGGGGAAGAGGAUGCAGAUCCUGGUGCUAUGUCUCGUCCAUUUGGAGUGGCACUAUUAUUUGGAGGAGUUGAUGAAAAAGGACCACAGCUGUUUCAUAUGGACCCUUCAGGAACUUUUGUACAGUGUGAUGCUCGAGCAAUUGGCUCUGCUUCAGAAGGUGCCCAGAGCUCCUUGCAGGAAGUUUAUCACAAGGCUAUGACCCUGAAAGAAGCAAUCAAGUCAUCACUCAUAAUUCUCAAGCAAGUGAUGGAGGAAAAGCUGAAUGCAACUAACAUAGAGCUGGCCACAGUGGAGCCUGGCCUGAAAUUCCAUAUGUUCACGAAGGAGGAACUUGAAGAGGUAAUCAAGGAUAUUUGAAGGAAGAGGGACUCUCAAGAGUUUCGACAUGGCUCUCUUUAACUUUCAACUUUCCUGAUUGCAAUUUUUAUUUCUGCUCUACUCCCUGGGAAAAAGAGUUUCCCGUGGUAAUUGAUGUAUGUGUGUUUUUUACACUUUAUGUACAUAAAGGAAGACUGAAAUAAAGAGAAACUGAAAAUUAA